AUGGAUUACAAAACAAAUGAAGAUAAAAUAUUAGAUUGUAUUCGUGAUGAAAUACGAGAAUUAUUACCUUUAUCAGCUAUCUCAGAUGGAGAACAUAUUACAUUCCCUAAAGUAGGCCCCAAUGCCGAUUGUGAUCCAAAAACAACAAUACACAUUGAUGCUUUUCUAUAUGAUGAUGAAGAAAUUGAUGAAUUAGAAGAGGAGGGAAAAAUAAGUAAAAAAUAUUGUGUAAAUUGUGGUUCUAAACAGGUAAAACCUUUAGAUUUUAUAACUAAUUCAAUGUCUGUCAAACAAAUUAAGUAUAUAUUUGAGUAUGUAUUACCAGAUUUAAGGAAUAAAACUAUUUUAGAUGUUGGAUCAAGAACAGGUGCUUUGUUGUAUGGUGCAUUUCUAUAUAGUUCAUGCUACAAGAUAUUUGGUGUGGAAAUCGAUAAAACAUUUUUUGACAUUCAACAGAAGUUUUUAGAAAAAUAUAAUAUGUCUGAGCGGAUUCAGGUUUUCAAUGAUGAUAUUAUCAAUAAAGGUGACAUCCUGAAAGCUGCCGAUGUUGUUAUAAUGAAUAAUGUGUUUGAGUUUUUUAUGGAUAAAUCUGCUCAAGAAAAGUAA